AAAAGACUAAAACAGACGGCGGCGGCAUCGCCAAGAGUUUAGUUGAGUCUCGUUUUUGAUUUCGGGUUCGGUCUCGGAUUCGGUUUGUUAUUUUUUGGCAUUUUGUUCGAUUUUUGGCUCGACGUCGACGACAUCUAAUAAAAAAGCUGUACUCGGCAGUAAGUACAUGUGUGGAGAGCACCGCGCUGAGAACCCCUGUGCAGCCAUCAAAAAUAAUUCAAAAUGUAGACUGCCAGCCAAACAAAGCGAACCCAAAAUAAAACGCAAAUGUGCAGAAAAACAAUCGAGAACUGGGAAUAAAGUGUUGUUUAAUCGUCAGAAAAAUAAUUUGUAUUGAAAUAAAAGUGCCACACAACGCUGCGUAUACGCAACGCUUCCUUAGAAAGAGGAAGCACAAGCUGGAGUACAGGCACAGCUUUGGCCAUGAAUAACCGCCAAAUGAACAGAUUUCUUGUCAUUUCGAAUUUAUGUGGAAAUCGAAAUAAAAACUAAACAUUUUGUGAUCGUCUGCAGUUCUCGUUUUUGAAACAUUGCAAAGUGCAUUCCGCCUAUAAAUCUCAUUGCCGUCCGUGGCGUGCCUGUGUGUAUCUGCCACUACAGCUGCGUUGGUAGAGGUACACAUCUAUGCAGUCGCAGCCACGAAAUUCGGUUCAUUUUGGAGGUAUCUGUGUGCCCACUUGCAUCUUUGUGUGGGUGUGAACUGCGCCUGUGUUUGCGGGUCGUUGCAAUCCGCAAUUUCGGCCUCUCAUAGCUCCCUGGCUCGAAGCUUCGACGAGUCGUGCCCAUUGCCUGCCGCAAUCAACAUUUUGAGCUUCACCGGAAGAAAAUUAUCAUCCACAAGGAAAACGAAAUCAGUUUUUUUCAAAUAAUAAAGGGCUCUGCACCCUCUCUCAGCUCGAGGGCAGCCAACUUAAAACAGUUAAUAAAUCGUAAAUAAUUGAGACACUUAAGAAGAAAGGAAUUUUAAAAUUAACCGCGUUGAAAAAACAGAUUGAAUACGCAGAUCAACAAUUUAGCAAUGGCAACAUUUAAGCCUUGUAGCUAAGAAGCAAAAAAAAAUGUGCGUUCGUAAACAGUAAAUACGAAACACAUAAAUAUUGAUACCGAAGCAGGAAAGCGGCAAGAGCUUUUGCCUAUGAAAACAAGCCAACAUAAAAGUGGAUUGUUGGACAAAGAAUAAAAUCUAUCAAAACCUGCAGAGAAGACCUUAAUUAGCAAACAGGAUGGCCAUCAACUUUUCGGCCUCUUUCGCGGCCUGCAUAGCAGCUGGGCUAAAAGUACCACGCCAGAUCAUGUACUGCAUUACGCAAGACACGGGGCAGCCGUACGUUCUUUACAAAGACUCGCAGGACGCCGAGCGGAACCCAGGAGCAAUUGGCGCCAGCCCAGCGCAGUGGGGAAGCGAAAUGUACCCCAAUAUCCAGCAGCAGGCGCAACAGCACCUGACUGCUCAGCAGCAGCAGCAACAGCAACAACAGCAGCAAAACGCAGUGCAAGCGGCGGCCCAGGCAGCCGCUGCGGCAGCAGCAGCUGGUCAGCCUCAAAGUCCGCCCGGUGGUGGCCAGGAACCACGGGAAAAUGGCAGUGGCGAUGGUCGCCAGCAACAAGUGUCGCCUUCGUCAAGCCCUUACCCAUCGGUGCAGCAACGAGGAAAUGGUGGGGGUGAAGAAGACGCAAUGAACCAGCUUGCUAAUCAACAAAACUCUGCGCCUAACCAAAACCAAAGUAACAAUGAUCCCCAACACGCCGCACCCAACGCAGGGGAGACAGGAAACCCACACGUGCAGCAAAACGGGGGUGGCCCUCAAGGGGAUCCUGGCAACGGAUUUCAAACUACCCCGGACUAUUACGCAUCUCGCCAUGCGCCGCCGCAGGGGGGAAUGCUGGCACCUCCCGGAUUUCCACCUCUCCACUAUCUCAACAAAGGCGUCUUGCCAAUGGAGCAGGCCGGCGGUGGUGGCGGGGGAAGCGGUGGCGGAAGCGAGUCCUACUCCAUGCCUGAGCUACUGCCGAGUCAACAAAACGGCCCGCAAAACGCCGGUCCGGCAAAUGCCAAUGCCAAUGAAGGCGCUGCUGCGGCCAACGCUGGAGGAGGAGGAGGAGUGAGUGCGACCGGUGCGGGCGCCGGCGUUGGAACUGUCAGUGGCGUGGCUACUGGAGGGCGGACGGGUAAUGGCCCCGGGCGUCCGCAUAAAAAUAAGCCACACAGUGAUUUACGGUUGUUCAAGUGCCUAACCUGCGGCAAGGACUUUAAGCAGAAAAGCACUUUGCUGCAACACGACCGCAUCCAUACAGACGCACGUCCCUUUCCAUGCUCCGAAUGUGGAAAGCGUUUUCGGCAGCAGUCGCACCUGACGCAACACCUACGAAUCCACGCCAACGAAAAACCCUUCACCUGCCCGUACUGUUCGCGCAGCUUCCGGCAGCGCGCCAUUCUUAACCAGCAUAUACGCAUCCAUUCGGGUGAGAAGCCCUUCGCCUGCCCCGAGUGCGGCAAGCACUUUCGCCAGAAGGCCAUCCUCAAUCAGCAUGUGCGCACCCACCAAGAUGUCUCUCCCCAUCUCAUAUUCAAGAACGGGCCGCACCCCACACUGUGGCCUUCGGAUGUUCCCUUUCCGGGCGAGGACAACGACACCAAGGGGGACAUUGCUGGAGGUAGUGGGUACCAUGACGAGGAUUCACAGGGUACACCCGAUGGCAGCGGCGGCAUGCAUUAUCCCUCGUAUUUCAAGGACGGGAAAGGACAAAAGAUACUGCCUGAGGUGCUACAGCACAUUGGUGUACGGCCUGCCAACAUGCCGCUGUACGUUCGCUGCCCCAUCUGUGACAAGGAGUUUAAGCAAAAGACGACCCUUUUGCAACAUGGCUGCAUCCACAUUGAAUCGCGGCCGUAUCCUUGCCCGGAGUGCGGAAAGCGGUUCCGACAACAAUCGCAUCUCACGCAACACCUGCGCAUCCACACCAAUGAGAAACCAUUUGGCUGCAUGUACUGUCCGCGCUUCUUCCGCCAGCGAACUAUACUUAACCAACACUUGCGCAUCCACACCGGUGAAAAGCCGUAUAAGUGUGGCCAGUGCGGCAAGGACUUCCGUCAAAAGGCCAUACUUGACCAGCACACACGCACCCACCAGGUAGGCGACCGACCCUUCUGUUGUCCGAUGCCCAACUGCCGGCGCCGUUUUGCCACCGAGAACGAGGUGACCAAACACAUCGACAACCACAUGAACCCCAAUACCACCAAGGUCCGCCGUCAGCAGCAACAACAACAUCAGCAGCAGCAACAUCAGCAGCAACAACAGCAACAGCAGCAGCAGCAAAACAACAACAACAACACUGUGGCCCAAGUUGCAUCUGUGGCCAACCAUUUAAUGAAUGAUGCAAAGAACCUAGCCACCCAACAAUUCCUCAACAACAACAACUCCUCGAGUGUGGAUAACAAGGCUAACAUACUGCCGAUGCGGAGCAUAGCUGCCAACGCAGCUGCUGCCAACGCAGCUGCUGCCGCCGUCGUCCAACAAUCGGUGGUGAAGAACGAGCUUUAUUUUCCACAAUGCUAUGGGCCACCUUUCCAGCAUCCCUUCCAGACACAACAGCAAGCGCAACAGCCCAGCGUAGCGCACGCUAAUGGGGGACCUACGCCGCCAGUGACCGUAACAGUGGCAAACUCGGUAGCUCCGGGAGUGGUGGUACAACAAAAUACGUCGGCCUCUGUGGUGGCUCAGUGACAUCCCACCACUUCAGCAACUGGAGGACCUCAGCAGCAUCAACAGCCGGCUGUUUCGGCGCAGCAGCCCCAUCAUCCACCCCCACCGCUGCCGGUGCCGGUACCAGUGCCGGUUCCGCCUACAUCGUCCGCCCACCAUAUUACUGCAGCGGGUGAAGCAACAACACCCGCGUUGCCUACCGCCGCUCACGCCUCGCCAGUAACGGCACCACAGACGGUCACGCUGUCCAUCACGCUGCCGCCACCACCUAGUACCCAUUCGGAUCAUGCGGCCCAUUCUGGAAUGGCAAACGGAGUUCCAUCCCAACCACCUACCACUCUGUCACAUGCUAUACCUAUACAUCCACAUAUACACUCGAUAUUUGGUUCUCUAUAAUGUCUUUAGUUAUCAGAGACAACAGCUGGAGCAGAUACGACGAAAUCAAAUUGAAGAACGGACACACUAUUCACAAUAUUUGAUAGGUUUUAUAAGUUUCUCUAGUAUUAGACACAUACAAAUUCUCCUAGUUUUUAAAACUAAACUCUAAUCUGAUUACCACAAAACACAGUUUUGGCUAUGGAAAACCAUCAUUAUAAACGGCUUGGACGAAAACGUAAACAGGACGAGUACUAGUCUUUUUCAAAAGGACUCUAAACUCCUUUGAUAUAAACCAUAAACAUGAAAUGCGAAUGGUCAACGAUUAAGAGAAACAAAAAAGAAAAAAGUGGAAAAGUGGAAAACUGAAGAAAGUGGAGAAAGCCAAAACACAACGUUAUACGAUUCCUUUUUGAUAAUUUAGUUUAAGAAUUCGGACACGAAUACAAGACACACAUCAAAUAUUUAUACUUAUGCAAACACCUACACACAAAAACACACGCAUUGUUCGUCAAUCUUGAUUCGACAGGAGUUAUACGACUAGGCGUAAAGUUAGGAUAGCUCAGAUCUAGGGAGUAUGAAUAUGUGAAGUGAUAGAUAGAGCAGCUAGAUGGUUAGGGGAGGACGACUGCAUCUGGUCGGAAAUAAGGUACCGCAGACGUUGCGCUGAGCAAUUUGUUUUUUGAUAACAGCAGCUAAGUUUUAGUUUUGUUCUUCAGAUAUGUUACAAUAUUGGAGUUUUUGUAGGUUAAAUAAGGUUGUUUGGCAUAAGCCGGGCAGUUAGCAAAACCGAUAGGGUAACCCUGGACUAGCAAACUCUCAUUAUAUUUUUCUUAUUUGAUUUAAAAUGAUGUGAUUUUUUUUAAUAAUAAAAUAAUUUUGAUUGCAAUUUAAAGAUAAAGAAUUACGAAAUGCUGAUUAUUUUGAGCUAGGGUUAUUUCAUUGUCUUCCCAAUCUGUGUUUCAUUUUUAGUUGUAAUUUGCAAUUAGAAAUAUGUUAACCUAUAAUACAUCCACACAAUGGCUCGCAGACAGGCAGGCAAAAGGAGCGCUAAGCUACUUGUUUAUAUAGCAAUAAAUAAAUUCGAAUGUGACUCUAAUAGUGCCAUAAAAUCAAACAAUAGUCAACCGUUAAUAGACCAAUUUAACCAAUGCUUCCAAAUUGAAAUUUGAUAUUGAUUCUUGAUCUUGAAUUGACUUAAUCCAUUGACAGAAGAGCUCCUCCUUACGCUCUUUUCUCAUCCAAUGUGUGGAUUUACCGACAAAUUUAGUUUUUUAAAUGAAAUUUUCCAAUGUACCGACAAAGCAUUUAUAAUUGUUAUUAUUCUUAUAGCUUAUGUUUCCAAAAUAUUUACAUACAUACGUUUUGUGUGUGUCCCAAUAUUAAAAUAUAUAUAAUUGUGUAUGCAUUUGCGCUUUUCUCGAUAACGUUACUUACAUAUAUGUCCUAUGCAGAGAGAAAAUGCGAAUAAAAGCACACACUAAUUUUAGUUUAGCUGUUUUCUUUAAAAUUAUCUACUCAUUAUUUAAUACUUGCAUAGCCAUGUAGUGAAUAAUUAGGUUUUCAUUAAAAUGAAAAUAUCUCAGAUGUUUUCUAUGUUUGAAGCCUGAAGAUUGUCAAUUGUCUUUAUUUAAUUCUUUCAAUAAAAAAUUAUAUAUGA